AUGAAAAAUUUACUUAUUAAAAAAUCUUCACAAAACUUGAUUAUAUUCAGCAAAUGUUUGAAUCCAAGUAGAUAUAACAUAUUAAUAAAACAUUUUAAUACAAGUAAUUCGAUAAAUAAUGAAAAUAAAAAAUUAAAUGAUAAUUUAGAUUGUAAUAGUAAGCAAAUAAUUGAAAAAUAUAAAAAUUUGAUAAGAACUAAAAAUACAGAAAAAAUUGAACAACCAAAAUAUGAGAUUAACCAAAAUGAUGAAUGCAAAAAAAUAUAUAAUGAAAGUUUUUAUAUAAAAAAAAAAGGAGACGAUGAGAAAAUAAACAGUGUAAACAACGAAAAUACAAGUAAAAGUGUUACACUGGAUAAAAGUAAUGAGAAAUUAAUACCUGGUAAAGAUGAAAAAUAUGUUAUUUUAAAAAAACAAAUAACAAAAGAAUUUAUCCAUAAAGUAUUUUUACCCCAUGUAGAAUCUCAAAUAAUUUAUCAUAUAAAAACUUAUACACCAGAUCAAAUAGUUAAUAUAUUUCAUAUUUAUUCAUAUUUAUAUUAUUUUGAUAAAAAGAAAGAAAUGAUAGAACAAUUAUUACAAUACUUAGAAUAUAGACUUGAUUGUUUUAGUAUACAGAAUGUUGUUUUAAUACUAGAACCAUUAUAUAUAUUAAACAAAAUAAAUAAUUUAUAUAUAUACAGAUUAAUUAUAAAUUAUUUAGAUAAAAUAAAAGAAAAAAUAAAUAUAUAUAAUUAUAUUGGAAUAUCAAGAGUUUUUACUAAAAUACUAAUUGAUAUUUACUGUGAAGAAAAUAUGAAUAAAAAAUUUUUUUUAACUGAUUUAUUUCAAUAUUUAAAGCAAAGAAAGUUUCGAAAAAAAAUACCAUUUGAUCAAAGAAGUAUUUCUCAUAGAGAUUUUAUCAUUAACUUUAUGAAUGAAGUUAUUGAAAAAAUAGAUAGCCAAUUACAUUUAUUAUCGGCUAUUGAAUUAACAGAUUUAUUAAGUGUAGUUUCAAAUUAUUCUUAUAAAAAUAAUUAUUCUAAAUAUAAUAUUGAAGAUGAUAAAAUAAGUAUCAAUGAAAAUAAUUCUAAUAAUUCAGAUAAUAUUCUUUUGAAUAAAACUUUGAAAAUUUAUAACUUAUCACAAAAUAAUGCAUAUUUAUUUAAAGAAAACAUUGUAUUUUUCAUAAUUAUAAAAGAAAUGGUAAAAAAAUAUGACGAAUUGACUACCUUACAUAAAAUAAUGAAUUUUUAUAAUUUGUCAAAAUUAUGUAUAUAUGAUGAAAAUUUUAUUAAUUUAAUUGAAAAGGAUUUAAAUAAUUACCAUUACAUAAAUAACAUUCAUCAUAAAUAUUUAUCAUUAUUAGUAUGGUGUUUGUUUAAAUUUAAAAUUUUGGAUAAGUAUAUAGAUAGAUUAAUACCUAUAAUUAAACAAAAUAUUUAUAAUUUUAAUGCUAAAGGAUUUUCAAGACUAUGCCAUUCUAUUUUUUAUGAAAAAGAAAUUUUAUAUAAAAUAGCUAAUAACUUAGUGAAAAAAAUAGAUGUAAUGAAUAUUAAUGAAUUUUUAUGUUAUUUUUAUUCAGUUGUUCUCCUAGAUUUAUUACCAUUUUAUGUUCCAUCUUUUGAUGAUGAUAAUAAGAAAAUUCAAAAUAGUGAUAAUAAUUCUUUUACAUAUCCUCAAAAUGAAAGCGAAGUAUUAGAAAAAUCUAAAAGUGAGAAUAUAACUAAUCACUUAUCCCUCUUAAAUAAAAACGAAAUAUUACAUAAAUGCUUAAGUUUUAUUAGUAAUAAUAAGAAGGAUAUUGGAAAGGAUGAAAUUACAAAAAUUGUUUUGCUUUUAAAAAAAAAAAAACAUGAAAAAUAUUUAUAUGUAUUAAAUAUGUUACCAGAAGAGUGGAAACCCUUUAUCCAUUUAAUAAAUUAA